GAGCAGAAAGUCCCUAUAAAGAAAAAAAAGAUGCGCCCAGCGCCAAGCCAGUCGCUCAUUCCGAUUCUUCCUCUCCCGUCUUCUUCUUCUUCUUCUUCUUCCCUUUCUGUUUUUUUCUCAGAAACCAAACACUCCGCCCGCCCGCCUCCCUAACUGCAAAUCCAAUUGCCUUCCAAAAAUGGCAGCAGCAGCGGCGCCCAUAGUCCCCGACAACCUCACCAGAGACCAGUACGUGUACCUGGCCAAGCUCGCCGAGCAAGCCGAGCGCUACGAGGAGAUGGUCCAGUUCAUGCAGAAGCUCGUGCUCGCUUCGACCCCCGCGGCCGAGCUCACCGUCGAGGAGCGGAACCUCCUCUCCGUCGCCUACAAGAACGUCAUCGGCUCCCUCCGCGCGGCCUGGAGGAUCGUCUCCUCGAUCGAGCAGAAGGAGGAAGGGAGGAAGAACGAGGAGCACGUGGCGCUCGUCAAGGACUACAGAUCCAAGGUGGAGAGCGAGCUCUCCGACAUCUGCGCCAGCAUCUUGAACUUGCUCGACUCGAAUCUGGUGCCGUCCGCGGCAUCCAGCGAGUCCAAGGUCUUCUACUUGAAGAUGAAGGGGGAUUACCACAGGUAUUUGGCCGAGUUCAAGGCUGGGGAUGAGAGGAAGACCGCUGCGGAAGAUACUAUGCUUGCUUAUAAGGCUGCUCUGAAGGAGAUUGCUGCUGCGGAUCUUGCCCCAACGCAUCCUAUUAGGCUGGGUCUGGCGCUCAAUUUCUCCGUGUUCUACUUCGAGAUCCUCAACCAGUCUGACAAAGCUUGCAGCAUGGCUAGACAGGCUUUUGAGGAAGCCAUUGCUGAAAUAGACACAUUGGGGGAAGAAUCGUACAAAGACAGCACCUUGAUCAUGCAACUUCUGAGGGACAACCUCACUCUUUGGACAUCAGAUGUGCAGGAACAAUUAGACGAGCCCUAGAGAUGGCCGGCAGGAUAUCAAGAAUCAACUUGGGUGGGGAAGCAGUCCUAGUCUUCUUUUGUGGAGGAGGUGGGCUUUGAAUGUCAUGUUUAUUCGUGGUCCUGAUUAUAACCUGAAAAGUCUGUGUUUAGUUUGAUGGGAGAACUUUUGCAUCGACACACUAUGAAUGAGAUGCUGAUUUUUCCUUGUAUUGAACUUUGCUUGCGAGUCGCAGUCCCAGAAAAGUAUAGCCAUAUUAUCAUUCAUGUGCCUUCCCUUUUUGCUUUGUGCUUUGGUGGUCGGUUUGGCUUUUAUGUUAUUUUGACCUUGAACGCAGCGAUAACAGUAGUCCACUUAGCCGUGAUUUGUUGUUUUGGGGAUGGCAACGAGUUUGCUUGCUCUCUAAAUCACGAUUUUAAAAUAGUAAUUAUCCUCGAUCGAAAGUUGCUGAGUACUAUGAACUAUCAAACUAUAGUUGUAUGUGGUUCGCAGUUCGGAGAGACUUUUGCCUAGUUGAAAAUUCGUAUUGCGCACUAACGAAAAAAAUGAGU